GUGUGGGGGGCUCUCUGGAGAGGGGUGACAGGGAGCAGGGGGACUCGGGAAGCAGAGGGUUGUGUGGGGCUCUGUGGGGUGGGAGCGGGGACAGGGCUUUGGGCACAGGGUGAGGGGUUGUGAUGGACAGAGCCAGAUGCAGCCCGUGGGUGGUGGUGGGUUUUUUUUUGCUAUAUUUAGCCCCCCAGGAAGCCCCAUCUAGAUUUAAUGCCAACCGGGGAGUGCCCAUCGCCGCCCCACCCCCCACCCCCACCCUGUUCCAUCUGUCUGUCCCCACAACCUUCCACCUGGCUAUGUCCGUCCAUCUGUCCCUCUCUUGCAGGGUUUGCCCAGGACUGAGCCGCUCCCCCCACCAUGGGGCUGCCCCUCCGCACCCUGCUGCUCCUGCUCCUCCUGUGCCCGGCGGGUGCCCCCUUCCGGAUCUGCGCCUUCAACCUGCAGCGCUUCGCCAGCCCCAAAGCCGCCACAGCCGCCAUCAUGGACACGCUGGUCAAGAUUGUCUCUCGCUGUGACAUUGCGGUGCUGCAAGAGGUGAUGGAUGCCAAGGGCCAGGCCGUGCCUGCGCUGAUCAGCGCCCUGCACAGGUCUGCAGGCCCUGACUCCUACACAGCCCUGGGCAGCCCGCUGCUAGGAGCCGGGAAUUACCAGGAGCGCUACGUCUUCGUGUACCGGUCCGGCCGCACCCAGGUCCUCGACUCCUACGUGUACCUGGACGAGAACCCCGACAGACCGGAUGCCUUCGCCCGCGAACCCUUUGUUGUGCACUUCAGCCUGCCCAGCAAAGUCCUCCCCACCCUGGUGCUUGUCCCCCAGCACACCGUGCCCAAGAAGGCCGAGGCGGAGAUCGAUGCACUCUAUGAUGUCUUCCUGGAUGUCCAGGCCCGUUGGGGGACGGAGGACAUCAUGUUCCUGGGGGACUUUAACGCCGACUGCGGUUACGUGGCCAAGAAGCGCUGGGGCCAGAUCCAGCUGCGGCGCGAGCCUGGCUUCCACUGGCUAAUCGGAGACACCGCCGACACCACUGUGCGGAACAGCACACGCUGCGCCUAUGACAGGUGGGCCCGGGGUGGCGGGGGCUGCUCUAGAGAUGCCGGGAGCUGUAACCUCCUUCCCUCCUCCCCCUGCAGGAUUGUGGUGCAUGGGGAGCGCUGCCUGGGGCUGGUGGUGCCCGGCUCAGCCCAGCCCUUUGACUUCCCUGCCAUGUUCGGGCUCACGGAGACCGAGGCGCUGAAGGUCAGUGACCAUUACCCGGUGGAGGUGCAGCUGGAACUGAACGCAGCCCCGAGGGGGCACUGCCCGGCCGGCCCAGCACUGCUGCCCCUGGCCAUGCUGCUGGCCAGGCUGGGGGGCUGGCUCUGACCUCCCUGCUCAGCGCUGCCGGGCGCACAGACCGAGGGGGACGCUUGACCGAGGGGCUGGAGUCUAAACCCACCUGCAGGACUCUCCGAUCAGCAAAGGCCUUUACUCAGAUGCCUGGGUUCCCCCCGGAAGAUACAGAAACCUCUCAUCUCACACCUGACAAACUCACUGCAGCAAAUACAGGGCUGGCAGCCUUCCCAGGUGCGAGGCCAGGGGAGGUUACGGACCAGCUGGAGUCCAUCCCCCCAGCUCCUGGGCCUGGCUGCCUGGAGUGUUCGGCUGGAGGGGGCUGGCCUACGCACCCCUGGGUGGGGGGCAGGUUCAAACCCUGCCGGAGGGGGUGGGUUGUUUUUUUUAAGUGACAGAGCAACUAAGCUCCUCCAUAAAAACAAGGAGGAGUCCAGUGGCACCUUAAAGACUAACAUUUAUCUGGGCAUCAGCUUUUGUGGGUAAAAACCCCACUUCUUCAGAGGCAUCGUUGUUUUUGUGGCUACAGACUGACACCGCUACCCCGAUACUAAACCCCUCCAUGAACUUCCA